AUGUCUCAGUUUCUUGACCCUAAAACUGCUCUUGAGCAUCUUUCGACGUAUGAAGACCGUGAUGGACUUUCGGCUGCCCAGUUGAUGAGCUCGAUCAAACACGGCGGGCUCACCUACAACGAUUUCCUGCUCCUUCCUGGUCACAUCGACUUCCCAGCCAGUGUCGUCUCCACAGAGAGCCGAAUUACGCGUCGGGUCGUCUUGAAAACGCCGUUUAUGAGUAGCCCCAUGGACACUGUCACGGAAAAAGCAAUGGCAAUCAACAUGGCGCUUCUAGGCGGCAUCGGUGUAAUCCACCACAACCAGCCUGCCGAGGAACAGGCAGCCAUGGUACGCGCCGUAAAGCGUCACGAAAAUGGAUUCAUCUCGGAUCCUGUCGUUCUCGGUCCAGAUGACACGGUCGCCGAUGUCUUGGAUAUUAAAGCUCGACUUGGCUUUUGCGGUAUCCCCAUCACCUCAACGGAUCCUAGGUGGUCAGCUACCGGUAUCGUCACCUCUCGCGAUAUCCAGUUCCACGACCCGUCCACGCCACUCAAAACGAUCAUGACCACCGACCUCGUCACUGCUCCUCUGGAGUCACGCUCCUCGAGGCUAAUAACGUACUCAGAGAUUGCAAAAGGAAAACUUCCCAUCGUCGAUGCGUCUGGACGCCUCGUCUCCUUCUCGCCCCUCUACGCUGCGGCUGCAAUCGGAACGCGCCUAGCCGACCGCGAUCGUCUGGCCUUGCUCGUGGAAGCAGGGCUUGACAUUGUCAUCCUAGAUUCGAGUCAGGGUAACUCGAUCUAUCAGAUUGAAAUGAUCCAAUGGAUCAAACAAAAAUGGCCAGAUCUCGAGGUUGUAGCCGGAAACGUUGUUACGCGUGAACAGGCUGCCAAGCUUAUUCAUGCAGGAGCCGAUGCCCUUCGUGUCGGUAUGGGUAGUGGGUCGAUUUGUAUCACCCAAGAGGUCAUGGCUUUUGGCGUACCAGUCAUUGCGGAUGGAGGCAUAUCCAAUGUUGGUCAUAUCGUCAAGGCACUCGCAAUGGGUGCGAGUGCUGUCAUGAUGGGUGGUCUCUUAGCCGGUACAGAGGAGGCUCCUGGAGAGUACUUUUACCACGAGGGCAAACGAGUCAAGGCGUAUCGUGGAAUGGGGAGCAUCGAGGCUAUGGAGCAGCGCAGCGUCGGUGCAAAGGCACCUGGUCCCCAACCGGUGAGACAAGGAAAGGGUGGCCCAAAAGUCAACGGCGCAAAGGAGACUGGAAAUGCAGCGACGGCUCGAUACUUCUCCGAGACGUCUGCGGUCAAAGUCGCACAGGUAGUCUCAGUCGAAACUGGCUUACUAACGUUUGUGGAAAAAAGGUACUUGCACACAGGACUACAACAUUCACUUCAGGACGCCGGUCAACAGUCGAUCGCAGCUCUCCAAGAGGCUCCUGCAGGUCAGACAUGCUCGAAUGUCGAUACGGCAUCCUCGGCUUCAGUAGUCGACGUCUUCCACUUGAAUACAUCGCCGAGUCACCGACGCCAGAAGUGGAACCUGACACAGCGCGCGCCGGAGAGUUGGUUUGAAGGUGGAUUGCGACGACCAUAUAGGGACGACAUGACCCCCAAAACUCUCCAGAUACUCGUGUUGUGGCUUCCGUUCGCUAUUGCUAGCCUCGUCAAGGCAGUUCCAGUCGUUCAAACAACGUCGGGCAAAGUGAAAGGAAAGGCCGUCUCGAAUACGACCAACGCCUAUUUGGGCAUUCCCUAUGCUCAACCUCCCGUUGGGCCACUUCGUUUUCUAGCGCCACGACCUCUCUUGACUCCAUCCUCCACGCGAAAUGCCACCGCAUUUGGCCUCUCCUGUAUCCAGCUAGGAGCGAAUCCACCGGAUCCAUCUCCUUCUGGUGAGGACUGUCUCACGAUCAAUGUCUGGACUUCACCGUCUCUCUCUCCGAGGCUAAAGCCCGUCCUCAUCUGGAUCUAUGGUGGCGGUUGGAACUCGGGACAGUCUGGAUCUGCGCUUAAUGAUCUUACCUCGUGGUCGACCAGCCAUCCAGAGGUUGUCUUCGUGUCCUUCAACUAUCGCCUCAACGUCUUUGGCUAUGCCAACUCUCCAGCCAUUCCAAACAAGGAUACGAAUGCUGGGCUCCGAGAUCAACGGACCGCUGUCGAAUGGGUCGUCGCUAAUAUUGCAGCGUUUGGUGGAAACCCGGCUCAGAUUACGCUUGGAGGACAGUCUUCGGGUGCGGGGAGUAUCGCUGCGUAUCUCUACGCUUACGAAUCCCGACCACCUAUUCGCGGUGCCAUUCUUAUGAGCGGACAGGCAUCCAUGGCGCUGACCCCUCCUCCAAUCCCAAUUGUUGGUCUCCCAGCCGCAGGACCCAAUCCGUUCCCCAAUAUUGCGAGCGCUGUUGGGUGCUCUCUUCAAGGAAAAGACUAUAAAGCACAGCUCGACUGCGUUCGUACAAAAAGCGCUGCCCAACUGACGGACGCGCUCAACUCUACGAACACUCUCGGAAUUGCUCCGUUUGUCGACAAUACCACACUCUUCUCCAAAUCCGAGUACAAAUCCAGAGGUCGCGCAGGAAAGUUUGCGAAAAUUCCGUUGUUAACUGGGACAACUGACAAUGAAGGCGACAUUCUCGUUGUAGACCGGACAACAAACACGCUGAACGAGACUCUUUCGGAUCUGUUGACUCUGUCCGUCUUCAGGUGCUACGACAGCCAGCAGUCCAAGUAUUCUUCUUCAUUGGUGUCCGUGUAUCGAUAUAGAUACAUGGCCAUUUUCCGUGCGCUAUCUCCGCCACCUCUUCGCUCCUGGCACGCAUCCGAUCAAAUUGUCCUAUUCAAUGCCUUUCCUGGCCUUGCUUCGGCAGCCACGGAAUACUUGCAAAAGGCAUGGAGCGCCUUUGUCGUGAACCCCAGUGAUGGCCUUCUGUCGCUUGGUUGGAAGAAGUACAAUGGGCCUGGAAGUAGCACUCUCGUCGACAUAUUCAACAACAGCACUGAUUUACAGAAUCCGAUCCAACUGGAAGACCCGGCCUCUUUUGAUUCUAGAUGUGCGGGAUUGGGUCUCGGCCUUUAG